UCUCCAUAGCGUAAUGAGCCUUUAUUUUGAAGGCGUAACCGGAAAUGACCACGUGACCCUUACUGGCGGAACAGAUUAAUGAUCGGCGGCUCCUCUACCUGCGUUGCUUUCACGCUGCGCGCAGACGUUUAGUUAAAAUGAGCUCCAUAGGGACCGGGUACGACCUGUCAGCGUCCACUUUCUCACCUGACGGCCGAGUCUUCCAGGUGGAAUACGCCAUCAAGGCUGUGGAAAACAGCAGCACAGCCAUCGGAAUCCGCUGUAAAGACGGUGUGGUGUUUGGCGUGGAGAAGCUGGUAUUGUCCAAACUGUACGAGGAGGGCUCCAACAAGCGCAUCUUCAACAUCGACAGACACGUCGGCAUGGCAGUGGCGGGUCUCCUGGCUGAUGCGCGCUCGUUGGCGGAAGUGGCCCGAGAGGAGGCGUCCAACUUCAGGUCCAACUACGGACACGACAUUCCCCUCAAGCACCUGUCGGAGCGUGUGGCCAUGUACGUGCACGCCUACACCCUAUACAGCGCCGUGCGACCCUUUGGCUGCAGCUUCAUCCUGGGCUCCCACGACAAAGACGACGGCCCGCAGCUCUACAUGGUCGACCCUUCCGGCGUCUCUUAUGGCUACUGGGGGUGUGCCAUCGGAAAAGCCAAACAAGCUGCCAAGACAGAAAUUGAGAAAUUACAGAUGCGGGAGAUGACGUGCAGAGAGCUGGUUAAAGAGGUUGCCAAAAUAAUCUACAUCGUCCACGACGAGGUGAAGGACAAAGCCUUUGAAUUGGAGCUCAGCUGGGUGGGAGAAGUCACAAAUGGACGCCAUGUGCUGGUGCCAAAAGACGUCCGAGAGGAGGCAGAGAAAUACGCCAAGGACUCGCUGGAGGAGGACGACGACUCGGACGAAGACAACAUGUGAACAUUUUUUUUGUGUGUUUUGUUUUGAAAAUAAAAGUUGUUCCCUGUA